AUGAAUAAAACCUUAAUCUUCGGUUUACGACACUAUGUCGCAUCAAAUCAUUCUAUAUUUGCAAAUUUUCGUACUCAUCGAACUGCAUCAACGCCUAUCUGUGGAAAUGAUUCGAAAUUUCCUUCUGUUUGUUGCGACCAGAUACAUUAUUCUCUAUUCUCAAAAGAUUCACGCCCUCUCAACUAUCCUAACAUUUCUUUCGGCUUGAAAAAUUUUUCACAGUUUUCUACUGAAUCAAAGAACAAUGUCCCAUCAAAUAUGAACGAAAAAAAUGGAAAUGACUUGGACGAAAGGAAAUCUAGUCUGAUCAAAAGAUUCAAGGAUGCCUAUGCAAUUUACGGGAAAGUUGUCUUGGUAACUCAUGGUGUGACGUCAUGUUUGUGGUUUGGAAUGUUUUAUUCACUGGCUUGCACUGGGAUCAAUUUGCUGGAUAUUCUUCACAGUCUCAACGCACCUGGAUGGCUAAGUAAACCCCUCCAUUUAGGUGGAGGUACUGUGAAUACUCUGGCUACAGCCAUUGUAUUCUACAAACUGGCAGUACCAUUACGCUACGGUUUGACACUCAUAUUAACCAGGUAUCUAGUACGUUACCUUCGAUUGAAAGGAAAAGCACCACAAGUACAAGAAAAUGAUCGUCUACGAAACCUAGCUAAAGAAGGAGCAGAAAUUUCACGUGAACGAAUCAAAGCGCGUAUGGCUAGAAGCAGAAGAAAUGUACUCAUGAGGAGGAGUCAACGAUGA